AUGCUUGAAGACAAUGUCACAGGACACAGUUUCCUAAAACAGAAUACUGACAGCACAGGUAACUGGAUCAUUUCUUCCAGAGAAAUUGAAGCUCCAUGUAAAUCGGAUUUCUACAUUCCAUAUACUUGGAGAACCAGUUCCUGCCAGAGAGCUCCUCACUUUUCUCUCACAGCUUCCUUCCUCACUGAGGAGAAUGAUGAUAGGAUCGUUGGGGGCUACACUUGUCAGAAGCAUUCUGUCCCCUACCAAGUGUCACUGAAUGCUGGAUCUCACGUAUGUGGGGGAUCUCUCAUCACUGACCACUGGGUGUUGUCUGCAGCUCACUGCUAUCAUCCACGACUGCAAGUGCGUCUCGGAGAACACAACAUUUAUGAAAUUGAAGGCAGUGAGCAGUUCAUUGAUGCAGCUAAGAUUAUCCCCCAUCCUGAUUAUGAUAAGUGGAAUACUGAUAAUGACGUCAUGCUAAUUAAGCUGAAGUCACCAGCUACCCUCAACUCUCAAGUAUCUACAAUCCCUCUGCCAAAGUCAUGUCCAUCAGCUGGUUCUGAAUGUCUUGUGUCUGGCUGGGGCUUUCUGAAAUCUGGAGGUAAGUCCUCUCAGAUUCCCUCCCUUCUUCAGUGUCUGGAUGCCCCCGUCCUGUCAGAGUCUGCUUGUCACAAGGCCUACUCACAUCUAGUCACUAACAACAUGUUCUGUCUUGGCUUCCUGGAAGGUGGAAAGGACUCUUGCCAGUAUGACUCUGGCGGUCCUGUGGUCUGUGACGGACAACUCCAGGGUAUCGUUUCCUGGGGUGAUGGCUGUGCUUCAAAAGGGAAACCUGGUGUCUACGCCAAGGUCUGCAACUACUUGAACUGGAUCCAUCAGACCAUUGCUGAAAACUAAGUGCCUUUAUCUCUUUAGGAGUCACCCUCUGGUGACCUUCCUUCUAUCUCUACAAUCGAUAUGGAAAUAAAAACAUUUUUCUCUGCUCUAAAA